AGUUUCUACUUUCUACACUGUUUCUAUACUUUACGCGAAGUUUCGGGCCGACUUUACUUCCUUUCACUUUCUUUGGUUAAAUCACUGCAGAAGCUUCUGGAACUCCAAUUGAAUCUUUCCCCUUACUAAUGCGGUAAUGCCAGCGUCGCAUCCCGGGGCGCAAACGGAUUGGCUGAACUGGAAGUUGAUAGCUGUUCCACGGGCGUUGGAUCAAUUGUACAGACAAUUGCAGAGUAGCAAAAUGGCCGACGACGGUGUCGUUGCGGUGUACAACAACAGCGCCAUCACCGAUGCCAAGAAAAAAAAUCCAUUCUCCAUCAAAGUUGGACUCGCCCAAAUGCUCAGAGGAGGCGUCAUCCUUGAAGUCACCAAUGUAGAACAAGCUAAGAUUGCCGAAGAAGCAGGGGCGUGCGCCAUUGUCGUGAUUGAGCAGCUGCAGAGAGGUGUUCGACGCAUGGCCGAUCCGUCUCUUAUUAAGGAGAUCAAGCGAGUGAUUUCAAUUCCUGUAAUGGCGAAAGCCCGAGUUGGGCAUUUCGUCGAGGCCCAGAUUCUUGAAACGAUUGGUGUCGACUACAUUGACGAGAGCGAGGUCCUUACCCCCGCCGAUGAUGAGAACCACAUCAAUAAGCAUAAUUUCCGGGUGCCGUUUGUCUGCGGGAGCCGCAGCCUUGGAGUAGCUUUGCAGAGGGUUAGAGAAGGGGCGGCAAUGGUAAGCACGGAGGGAGAUGCAUCUGAAUCGGGGAACAUUGUGGAGACUGUUCGGAAUGUGAGGUCGGUAAUGGGGGAAAUUAGAAUCCUUAAUAACAUGGACGAUGAUGAGGUAUUCUCGUUUGCUAACAAGAUCUCCGCUCCUUACGACCUUGUCGCCCAGACCAAACAACUUGGCAGGCUCCCGGUGGUGCACUUUGCAGCCGGCGGCAUUAUUACCCCUGCGGACGCUGCCCUCAUGAUGCAAUUGGGAUGCGAUGGAGUGUUUGUGGGCUCUGAGGUUUUCAACACCCCUGAUCCUUACAAGCGUGCUAGGGCCAUUAUUCGGGCUGUGUCACACUACAACGAUCCUCACGUGUUGGCGGAGAUAAGCUGUGGUUUGGCUGACGCCUUGGCGGGUCUCAGUCUCAGUGAGGACAGGAUCGAACGCUUUGGAGCUCGAGGCAUUUACUGAAGCUUGUAGCUGGAAAAUGGAACCUGGAGGUACUCUGGUGCAUUUUGUUCUUCCGGAAAAUUGGUGGGUCUAUUAGGCUAUACUAUUUGGAAUUUUGGAGUUUGGGCUUAGAGCCAUUCCUGCUCUGUGCUAGUUUUGUUAUGUCAUUGGUUUAAAGGUUAAGAGUCUAAUCCUUCUCUGAACUGUUGUAGUAUUCUCUGUAAUUUGCUUAUAUUGCUAAUGAAUUGAAAGAAGCCCAAUAUUCGUAUAUCA